UAAGAAAGGCCUUUUGCUUUUGUCUGUUUUUAUCUCUGCCUUUCUCAGCGCUGCUCUUAAUUUCUGUCACACUGAUAGAGAGAAACUGUAAAAUGUUGGCUCCAAUCGGAGGUCUCCAAUUGAAGAUUUCCAACCCUUCAUUCCAGAUACUAAUCAAUAAAAUUCCCAUCAACUCUGAGGGUGAUGGGAGGAAUUCUCCAAGGUGCUGAAAAGUGUACCCGAGCUCAUCCGGGGGGCAGGAAGCGACCUGACACACCCGCCGGAGCCCAUUGGUACGACGUCAUGCGCAGAAAACUACCCGAGCGAGUAAGGUAAAUGAAUUACAGAUGAGAGGAGGAGGAAGAAGAGGAGAGAGAUAGAAAGCUGAGGAUGCAGGUUUGGUCCACAAACACAAAACCUCCCCACUCGCAGCACGCAGCAGGAGCGGCUACACCUCGGUGAAAUAGGCUACAACUUCCAGUGGUCUCAGCAGCACACGACGAGGAGAUGCGUCUGCAAAAGCUUUGAUUCGACCCCCUUUACAUCCUCCUCCUCUUCAUCAUCCUCCUCCUCCACCUCCUCCUCCUCCCAUCUUUAGCGAGGAGCAUCCCGCACACUGAUCUCACUCCGACGGGCAGACAGACAGGCGGAUUGACACAAGCCAGACACGAUGCGUGGAUCUCCCCGACAUGGGACAGCCGUAGGAUUUAUAGUGCUGAUAAACGCGCUGCUGCUGCUCGCGACGCAGGCUGCAGACGGAGUCUUAACGGACCAUCUCCUGGUUCAGUUGCAUGAGGACGCACAGGAUGAGGCGCACCAACUUGCAACACAACAUGGGUUCCAGAGUGCCCGAAAGCUUCCCUUUGGAGAGGGGCUCUUUCACUUCUAUCCUCAGGACACUUCAAAGAGGCGGAGCAAACGCAGUGCCCGCAGCAGACAGCGGCUCCAAAAAGACCGCAGGGUGAAGAAUGUCUUUGAGCAGGAUGGGUUUAGUCGUCAGAAGCGAGGCUACAGAAAUAUCAAUGAUAUUGAAGUCAACAUGAGUGACCCUCUGUUCACCAAACAGUGGUAUCUGAUAAACACAGGCCAGGCAGACGGAACCCCUGGGCUGGAUCUUAAUGUGGCUGAAGCUUGGCAACUAGGCUACACGGGCAAAGGAGUAACCAUCGCAAUCAUGGACGAUGGCAUAGACUAUCUGCAUCCAGACCUGGCAUCAAAUUAUAAUGCAGAUGCCAGCUAUGACUUCAGCAGCAAUGACCCGUUCCCAUUUCCGCGCUACACAGACGACUGGUUCAACAGUCACGGCACACGAUGUGCAGGAGAGGUGUCUGCAGCAGCCAACAACAACAUCUGCGGCGUGGGAGUCGCCUACAACUCCAAGGUGGCAGGUAUCAGGAUGUUGGACCAGCCCUUCAUGACUGACAUUAUUGAGGCAUCAUCCAUCAGCCACAUGCCUCAGGUAAUUGACAUCUACAGUGCCAGCUGGGGACCAACCGAUGACGGAAAGACAGUGGAUGGACCCCGAGAGCUCACGCUGCAGGCUAUGGCUGACGGCGUAAACAAGGGGCGCGGAGGAAAAGGCAGCAUCUACGUGUGGGCAUCGGGAGAUGGUGGUAGCUAUGACGACUGCAACUGUGAUGGUUAUGCCUCGAGCAUGUGGACAAUCUCCAUCAACUCAGCCAUCAAUGACGGACGCACCGCUUUGUACGAUGAGAGCUGCUCCUCCACCCUGGCAUCCACGUUCAGCAACGGACGCAAGAGGAACCCAGAGGCCGGCGUUGCCACCACAGACCUGUAUGGGAACUGCACUCUGCGUCACUCUGGAACAUCAGCAGCAGCUCCGGAGGCAGCUGGAGUUUUUGCGCUGGCGAUUGAGGCAAACCCUAACUUGACAUGGAGAGACAUGCAGCACCUGUCAGUCCUCACCUCCAAGAGGAACCAGCUCCAUGACGAGGUCCACCAGUGGAGGAGGAAUGGCGUGGGUCUCGAGUUCAACCACCUGUUUGGCUACGGUGUUCUGGAUGCUGGGGGAAUGGUGAAAAUGGCCAAGGAAUGGAAAACCGUGCCUGAGCGUUUCCACUGUGUAGCCGGAUCCAUUCAGGAGGCCCAUAAAAUCCAGUCUGGCAACAAACUGGUGCUGGCCAUUACCACUGAAGCCUGUCAGGGGAAGGACAACUUUGUCCGCUACCUGGAGCACGUUCAGGCGGUGGUCACUGUCAAUGCCAGCCGCCGUGGCGCCCUCAACAUCAACAUGACCUCACCCAUGGGCACAAAGUCCAUCCUGCUGAGCAGAAGGCCCCGUGACGACGACUCAAAGGUGGGCUUCGACAAGUGGCCCUUCAUGACCACCCACACCUGGGGCGAGGACCCCCGCGGGACCUGGGUCCUGGAGGUGGGCUUUCAGGGCGACGAGCCACAGCGCGGAGUCCUGAAGGAGUGGACUCUCAUGCUGCAUGGAACACAAAGUGCCCCUUAUAUAGACCAGAUAGUACGUGAUUAUCAGUCCAAACUUGCAAUGUCGAAAAAGGAGGAGCUGGAGGAGGAGCUGGAUGAGGCUGUAGAGAGAAGUCUGAAGAGCUUGCUGAGUAAAAACAACUAAAAUCUCAUCUGCAUGUUGCCAAGUCGUUCACUUUCUCCCUCUCUGAAAUCUUGCUCUAUCCUCUAAAUCUCCUCAGUUCUUCUCACUCUCCCGUCAUCCUCGCUUUUGUCUACCUCUCUUCUCCUCUUCACUCUGCUUUUUGUUAACAAGCGUUUCAAUUAGCCCCCAACCUUCGAUGAAUGUUUCUUGUAAUCCAAUCAUGAUAAAAGUGUAACCUUUAAUAAUCUGUUCUACAUAGAGAAAGCAAACUAUAUCACCUGAUUUUUACACUCGACAGAAUUGUACAUAAACCAACUAUAAGCCACUCUUCAUGCUUUUGCUUUAACUGCCCUGCACCUCUCUUCUGCCAACUGUUGUACAGUUUGUGACUGUAAAUGAUUUUCUGUGUCAUUCUAUUUAAAGUUUAAUAUCUUGCAAACAGAGCAUUGAUACUUCUUUCUGUUUAUAUUUUUAUGUGACAUGCACUGUUUAUAUAAACAAAGAAAGGAAUAUGUGAUUCAUUUUGCAGCCUGUGGUCCUCAGUUCAUAUUUCAUAAUCUUUGACGUAUGCUAUAAUAAAUCUAUUCAGCUGUUUAUUAAAA